UUCAAACUGAAGACGUUAGAAUCAAGGUUCGUUGACGUUAGCAGCUAAAGAUAAUGAAAACCCUUUUAAGUUAGUGGCAUAGAACAGCAAUAUCCGUUAUUAAACAGAAGGAAUACACUCAGAACAACUACAAGGGGAAAAUGGAGUUUCCUGAUCCUGACAGAAAUGAGGGAGGCAGUGGAUUAUCCAAGCGGCGCAUUUCUUCGAUUUUAAAAGCACCACGAAGAUCGAUCAUAUGCCCUGACCCACAGCAGCCGGAAAAUGUGGUGGAGUGUCCCAAAUCAGUGGAAAACAGGAAGUCGAGAAGAGUCAGUUUUGCCCCUGCCAACGGUGUUCUCCUGUUUUCAGAUGAAGAAAAGAAUGGCUCUGCUGCUCGAUGUCCUUUCCAAGAGUUAAUACCAACAUCAGCACCAGCCACACAAAAUAGGGUCCAGUUGGCCGGCACUGAAGAUGGGAAACAACAAAUUUGGGGGAUGGAAACCCUUUUGAAUGCCCCUCUGCAUGCUUUUCAACAAAGGGAGGAGGUCAACUUUGAUGGGGACUUGGUGGAGAAAACGAUAAUGUUCUCGAAUGAUGCAUACAUGGACAUGACCCGCUGUCACACUAUAAACAUCGCCAGUGAUGCAGACUUACUGGAAGAUAUACCCCUCCAAAGCUAUGAUGUUUUACCCUCUAGAGGAGAUAAAACUGUGAUGUUCAGUGCACAUGAUGCAUCUAUGGAUUUGACCUCAAGUCAGACUGUGAAAAUCGCAAGUGUUCCUGUUUCACUGCCCACAAGCACGAGUUUGAAUUCAAGGGUGGAGAAGAGAAACACAUCUUCAGCAAUGCCGUUGUUGGAUUCUGGACUUGAAAACUUCAUGGCAUGCCUUUCUAAAACAUCGGGCCCCAGCUUUAACCCUGUGACCACCAGAACCAUGCCCGCUGCUGGAGCAUCCUCUGAAAAAGAAAACCGCUCCAUGGCCCAGAUGAGAGCAAUUUAUGUGGAUGAAGAAAAUCGGGUUCCAACUUCAGCUGUGAAGCUAAAUACAUCCAGAAAGAUUGGUGACUUUUUUUAUGGCAGUGAAAUCUCUCCACAAGAUGAUUUAAGCAUGGAUAUGACUGAAGCUCAGACAGGCCGCAUCCUCGGACCCACUGAUGAUGAUGAUGAUCCCUUUCAGUGUCUUUUUCCCACACAAGAGAUGUACUCCCAACAUGACAGAAGAGCGCCACAGAAAGCAGGGAGGACCAAACAGCAACCAAUCAGCAAAACAUCGGCAUCAUUCAACCCUAAAGAUAUGAUAUCCGUGAGGAAUCGUUCCAUCCAGGCAUCUCAUCAAAGACACGAGGUCGUCCUUGAUAAUAAAGAUGACUGCAGAGAUAAAACAAUAAGGUUCUCUGCAGGCGACAAGUUGAUGGAUAUGGGUCAAACAGUAAACUCUGCUAGUGGUUCAUUGGCUAAUCGAAAACAAAACAUGGAGAGAUUUCCCCCUUGUGGUAAAAUAGACAGUGCUUCAUCUAUGGACGAGAGAAAAAGGGAAAAUAACGGUGUGCCUGGCGCUCCAGCAAAUGGGGUGGAUCUAGGGAUUACCUUCCUUUCAAGUCUCUCUAAAGUUCGCACCCCCAGUGAUAAUCCAGCAAUUGCUAGAGCGGUACCUUCCUCUGCAGCAUCCUUUAGGGAAACUGUCAACACAAACAGCGCCCUCUCCCAGCGUAGAAGUAAUGUUGGUAAAGAGAAUCAGUCACAAAUUACAUCCAGGAGCUUUGGAGAAUCACUUAAUGGAGGUACAAUCUGUGCUGAAAAUGACGGCAUUACAGGACCCGCAUGUUCAGAUGUUCCUUUCCAGUUUCUGUAUCCCACACAAGACAUGUACACCAACAGUGAAAGUGUGAAGAAACAAGAGCUGACUUCAGGAGCGAAGAAAAGCAAAGUGCUGGGAUCCUCUAAUCUCACAGGUAUGGGAACCUCCUUGAAACCACAUUUGAAGACACAUGUGCUAAGAAAUCCGGUCAAAUUUGAUAAAACAGUGAGGGGUUCAGCUGACGAUGGCUGUAUGGAUAGGACCCAAAGCAACAAUGUAAACGUUUUAAGUGGUUUACAACUGCAGUCGCACCCACAUCUGGACUUCCUACCUGCCUGUGGAGAGAAAACAGUCAGGUUUAAUGCAGAUGAUUUAGCUAUGGAUGUGACACGAAGCCAAACUGUAAAAAUUCCCACUGAUUUUGAGUCACAGUCUUACCAAAAUGUGGAAAGUCUCCCCACUUUUGGAGAGAAAACCGUCAGGUUUAAUGCAGAUGAUGCAGCUAUGGAUAUUACAAGAAACCACACGGUAAACAUUGCCACCGAUUUUGCACACCAGCCCCACAAAUAUGUGGAAAUUCCACCUGCAGGUGGAGAAAAAACAGUCAGGUUUAAUGCAGAUGAUGCCUGUAUGGAUGUGACACGAAGCCAAACUGUAAAAAUUGUCACAGAUUUUGAGUCACAGUCUUACCAAAACAUGGAAAGUCUACCUGCCUGUGGAGAGAAAACCGUCAGGUUUAAUGCAGAUGAUGCCUGUAUGGAUGUGACGCGAAGCCAAACUGUCAAAAUUGUCACAGAUUUUGAGUCACAGUCUUACCAAAAUGUGGAAAGUCUCCCCACUUUUGGAGAGAAAACCGUCAGGUUUAAUGCAGAUGAUGCAGCUAUGGAUAUUACAAGAAAAAAGUUGGAAAGUCUACCUGCUUGCGGAGAGAAAACAGUCAGGUUUAAUGCAGAUGAUGCCUGUAUGGAUGUGACACGAAGCCAAACUGUCAAAAUUGUCACUGAUUUUGAGUCGCAGUCUUACCAAAAUGUGGAAAGUCUACCUGCCUGUGGAGAGAAAACAGUCAGGUUUAAUGCAGAUGAUGCCUGUAUGGAUGUGACACGAAGCCAAACUGUAAAAAUUGUCACUGAUUUUGAGUCGCAGUCUUACCAAAAUGUGGAAAGUCUACCUGCCUGUGGAGAGAAAACAGUCAGGUUUAAUGCAGAUGAUGCCUGUAUGGAUGUGACUCGAAGCCAAACAGUUAAAAUUGCCACUGAUUUUGAGUCGCAGUCUUACCAAAAUGUGGAAAGUCUCCCCGCUUGUGGAGAGAAAACAGUCAGGUUCACUGCCACUGAUGCAGCUAUGGAUGUGACCAAGUGUCUUACUGUAAACAUUGCCAGCAUAGCGAAAUCUGAUCCACAUCUUCCACACAGAGGAGCGAACAUUUUAUCCACCAAUGAAAACAGGGAUUUCCCUUUAUCUGCGAAGAAGGGACAGCGACCGCUUAGAAACCAAUCCUCAUUGGCACACACUUUGGAUAAUGGAUUUAAAAACUCCCUGUCCAGCAAAAGUGGUGCGUGUGCUAAUGCUGUGAACACCGGAGAAGUGUUUGCUGCUGAAGGCCUUCAAGAAACUGUAAACACAAAUGGCCUACUUUACCAACUUAAAACACAGAAGCCCAGUGUGGAUACUGAAAAUGAAGCUCCAGCUGUCAAGCAGAAGCCAGAAAACAAAACCGUGACAGUAGAGCCACAGGGUGAUGUAAGCAUGGAUAUGACUGAAGCUCUAACAGGUGGCAUUCUGGGACAAACGUUUACAGAUGAGCCACCUCAAUGCCCCCAGAUCAAUGAAGCACUAGGAUCAUGCAACUCUGAUGGCGUGGAAAUCCUUAACUUUCCUGGUUCUCCAGACUCAAAAGAAACAUGCAACUGGAAGGAACCUGAACCAAGAAAUCAAACUUGUACUUUACCACAGAGGAUGGAGAGUUCUCCUGGUGCUGUUGUUGACGCUGCGCCUUCACGGAAGUCUAGACGAAUGAGUUUAGCCGAUCUUCAGUCAAAAGUGAGACGCUUAAGCCACAUUCUAAACACAGCUCCUGAUACUAUGGCUCUAGACAGCUGCACAGCACCUGUGUAUGGACUGGAAAGCGAAAUGGACAAAAACUCAAUGGACAAAAUAACAUUCCUGCCUGUAAUAGAGCCUGAAAUUGGUUUACAAAAUGCAGAAGCUCAAUGUCUUACACAAGAGGAACCCUCUACUCCCCCUUACAACUUGAAGACUAAAUCACUGAUGUCCAGACUCUCAGUAGGAGGCUUUAAGGCGAGACUCCCGCAAAGAAACAAACCCGAUGAUAAAAAAAAGGAGACUUCUCUGGGAGAACAUACAAGGACAGUGAAUGUCACUCAUCAACUGAGCAACUUUGACCAUGAUGUGAGCGAUAUCUACGAUGAGGAGCUUGGUAGCUAUGAAGAUGUGUCAGAAACACUGGACAUGGUGAGUCCUCCGAGAGCCACGGAUCAAGAGGGUGCUACCCAGGACUUUUACAUGGAGGAGCUUUUAAAGGACGACGUGUUUCUACAGGACUUGAGCAGCUGUGUAAAAACAAAAAAGAGGCCUUUGUCAGAAGAUGAAAAUGAUACAGAGGAUGAGAAGAGAUUGAAAACAUCCAAUGAGGAAGCCACUGAGAUUGAAAAGGGAUUACAGUCUGAGGUUGAGGAGUGCGACAGUAACAUUACUGCAGCUCAGAGCAUGCCGACACACACCACAGAUUACAUCGACAGCAGUCACACAGCCAGCACGACAUGUGAGGCUAGUUUGGAGUCAUCUUCCAAACAAAGCCUGUUUGAAUCACAGCUUGAAGACUACGCCAGUGAGUUACAGAGGAAAGUAGACGACGGCUCCAUUACAGUGUUGGAGUUCUUUAAAAUCUUCAACAUAGAUUUUGUCAUCCAUCAACCUCGAGAGAGCAUCCUCCCUAGCAGAUUGGACACAGAUCACACACAGAUGGAUCUAUUGGUGGACAAACACAUCAACGGUCCCAAAGCGACGGUGUACAAGUCAGACGUCCGGAACCUCACAGAGAUGGUGAACGGGAUGAAGGAGCGAAUGCAGGACUUGGACAGACCACUGAAGAUUGUUAAUAGAGCUUUGUGGGAUGAAGUGAGAAAUGUUACAGAGGAAGAGCUCAAUUUGUUCGGUGAAAAACUAAAAGAGAGAAAUAAACUCCUCAGGAAGACAAGCAAAGUUCAGUCGCAUGAAAUAAAGGAGGUCUUGUACUCGAACCUUGUCCAGGCUAAUCUGAAGGAGCAACAGAGGCUGAGAGGCACGAUUGAUGAAGCCGAUGAGAUGAUAAAGAGUUUGGAUGACUGUAUUAAUGAAUUACAAACAGAACUUGCUGCAGUUGAGGAAAAAGGCUUUGAAGACAAACCAAGUCUGAAAUCCCUUCAGGAAGAAAUGGAGAAAGCCACAGAGGCUUUGACUGACAAUGACCGAAAAAUAGCCGAGCUGGAGAUGCAGAAGAAGCAGAAUUCUAACAAAGUGAACCAGCUAAGAACGGAGACGAGGAGACUUGAGAGUCACUCCGACACACUGGAUCUGCUAAAUGAAUGGAAGUUUGCAGGGAGGAGCGACAACUGCACCAUCUACACUUUCCUCUACGAGACCUUCCAUCUGCAGCUGGAGUUUGAGAAAUCCGAUGGAAAUGAUUCCGAUCAGUCUGAGAGGAAGCUUUGUCAAAUCACAUUCAAACUUCAGCUCGAUGAUGAGAAGUCGCGGGGCCACGCCUGCCUCGUUCACAAACUGCUCUCUCAGUACGCAGAGGAACAAAGUGACUGGGUGGAGAAGUAUCCAACGAGCAGACAUGUUCCAACGCUGCUGCACGAUGUUAGCCUGGUGGUGAGUCGCUGUCGGCUGCUGGGGGAGGAGCUCCGUCUGCUGGACAUGUGGGGGGGUCUGAGGCUCGAUAUUCUCAGCAUCAGCUGUGUGGACACUCGAGUGCACAUUGUCUUCAGCAGUCUCAAGUCACUUUCCAAGUUUGAGGUGAUCUUCUCUGUCAGUUUGAUCAACCACCACUGUGUCCUUCAAGUGCAGAGCUUCAAAAACGUGAUCGGAAACAGAACGAUCGGACAGAUCGAGGAGAUCGUGGCGUCGUUCAGUCCAGCCAAAAACCUCCUGACUGAUAUUAUCAAAAAGAUUCAUGAAACUCUGCUCUGUUGAGACCAGGACGUUUGAUUCCAAUCAUCAAACUCCUUUGUAUAUUGUAGAUGUUGACAAAUUAUAAGAAGACAUGUAUAUAGUGAAGUUGUUUGUUUCUAUUCUGAUGUUUUUAACUGUAUUUUGUGUUCAUGCCACUGCGCCAGAUAAACUGAUCCUAAUAUUUUUGGUUCGAUUAAUAUUUUCUCAGUGAUCAUGUGAGCGAUUUAAAAACACUGGUCUGAAACAACUUCAGUGCAGUUUCCAGAGUAGCCUGCAGAUGGUGAACAUGGACCAAACUUACAGUACUUUGUUUUACUUACAGUGUACAGCAUGUUUCAUCUUGUCGUAGUUUAGUCCUGAAAAUGUAAAUACUUCUCUCUACGUCUUGUUCUUUUUUAUUACCACAGUUCUUCCGAUACUUUUGACUUUUGGAGAAGAAAAAAAAGUUUUGUACUAGCAAAAAAAUAAAUAAAUACAAGUUUUCAAUCA